UGUCGCACAGCAAAAAAAACGUCAUUACGGGUGACUUUUAGGGGUAAAUUGACAAUGCCCCCGUUUUUACAGAGUAUUGCACCCCUUCGUACGUUCAAUGGUCCGCUCCGCACAGACACGACACGGCCGAGAGCAGGGAGAGGUUUACUCAGCCUGCCAUUGCUGAACACCGUCCGGGUGAUGCCUACUCUUCCCAACUUUUCAUCCAGAGGUUAGCGACGAAACAUCAAAGCAAGGUGGUGUUAUUUGCUCUUUUUUUCCAACUCGGGUUCCUUCCAUGACUCGAUACCCAACUGGACUAACGUUAGCGACCCAGGCAACGAAGAUAAGAUAAUGAACUUUGGACUUUCCACACGGCUUUUCGUGACAUGUUUCCCGUCGUCCAGGAUAAAAUAAAAUAACAACGUAGCCCGGCGUGGCGGCAGCUGGGCUAAAAAUUCAACUGGAAGGAAAAUAGCGCACUCACCCAAGUGAUUAUCAAAACAAAAGACACCAACAACUUUUUACCUGACACUUUUGAAACGGAAUAGGAGUGUAAAAUGUCCUCCAAAGCGCCAAAUAAGAGUGCAGCGAUGGAGGAAACGGUCAUAUGGGAACAGCACACAGUGACGCUUCACAGGGCCCCAGGUUUUGGGUUUGGUAUUGCCAUCUCAGGUGGAAGAGACAACCCUCAUUUCCAGAGUGGGGAGACGUCCAUUGUGAUAUCUGAUGUGCUGAAAGGAGGUCCUGCGGAGGGACUGCUGCAAGAAAAUGAUCGAGUGGUGAUGGUCAAUGCAGUCUCUAUGGACAACGUAGAACAUGCGUACGCUGUGCAGCAGCUCCGAAAGAGUGGCAAAAAUGCAAAGAUAACUAUACGUCGGAAAAGGAAAGUGCAGAUCCCUGUCUCUCGGCCAGGGGACAGAGAGACGAUGUCAGAGCACGAAGAAGAGGACAGUGAUGAAGAAGAUGGCUAUGAGCGUGGUCGUGGUGUCCAAAGUGCCUAUGAAGGAGCAAGCGGGGGUACUGGCACUGGCAGGCGUCAAGAUCGCGAGCGUAGCAGCAGCAGCAGGCGGGACCAUAGUGCCUCGCGGGAGCGGAGUGUCUCACCACGCUCUGAUCGCCGAUCACAAGCCUCCUCUGCUCCACCCAGGCCUUCCAAGGUCACCCUUGUCAAGUCCCGCAAAAAUGAAGCAGAAUAUGGACUGCGGUUAGCCAGCCACAUCUUUGUGAAGGACAUCUCCCCUGAGAGCCUUGCUGCCAGAGACGGAAACAUACAGGAGGGAGAUGUUGUACUUAAGAUCAAUGGCACGGUUACAGAGAAUCUAUCACUGAUAGAUGCCAAGAAGCUGAUUGAGAGAUCAAAGGGCAAGUUGAAGAUGGUGGUGCAAAGAGAUGAGCGAGCCACGCUGCUCAACAUUCCUGACCUUGAUGACAGCAUCCCAUCAGCCAAUAACUCCGAUAGAGAUGACAUUUCAGAAAUACAUUCACUGACAUCAGAACAUUCCAAUCGAUCCCACGGGCGAGGUAGUCGAUCACGUUCCCCUGACAGGUCCGAACCAUCGGACCAUCUCCAUCACUCACCUAGGCAGAUCAGCAAUGGCAGUUGGAGCUUCCAGACGAGAGCAGGUUCACUGUUACACAGAUUACUUCCAAUUCAUCGAAGUCGAGAUGAGGAGCGCAUAUCCAAACCAGGGGCCAUUUCUACACCAGUUAAAAGUUCUGAUGAUGGCGUUUUGUCACAGGCCAGCGACCAGGCCAGCUCCAGAGAUGACAAACAGUUACCACCACUGCCUGAACCAAAGCCAGUUUAUGCACAGCCUGGUCAGCCUGACGUGGACCUGCCCGUCAGCCCCUCUGAUGCCCCUGUACCCAGUGCUGCUCAUGAUGAUAGCAUCCUCAGGCCGAGCAUGAAGCUGGUCAAGUUCAAGAAGGGAGAGAGCGUCGGUCUGCGGUUAGCAGGAGGGAAUGAUGUCGGAAUUUUUGUGGCAGGAGUUUUGGAGGAUAGUCCUGCAGCAAAGGAGGGGCUGGAGGAGGGAGACCAGAUUCUCAGGGUGAACAAUGUGGACUUUGCGAACAUCAUCCGGGAGGAGGCUGUGCUGUUUCUGCUGGAUCUCCCAAAAGGAGAAGAAGUUACUAUUUUGGCUCAAAAGAAGAAGGAUGUGUAUCGGAGGAUAGUGGAAUCAGACGUGGGUGAUUCCUUCUACAUCCGGACACAUUUUGAAUACGAAAAAGAGUCACCGUAUGGGCUGAGCUUUAACAAGGGCGAGGUGUUCCGUGUAGUAGACACCCUCUACAACGGCAAAUUAGGCUCCUGGCUCGCUAUCCGUAUUGGCAAGAACCAUCAGGAAGUAGAAAGGGGCAUCAUUCCCAACAAGAACAGAGCUGAGCAGCUAUCCAGUGUGCAGUACACCCUCCCCAAAACACCAGGGGGCGACAGAGCCGACUUCUGGAGAUUCCGAGGAUUGCGAAGCUCCAAGAGGAAUUUGCGGAAGAGCAGGGAAGACCUGUCAGCCCAGCCAGUUCAGACCAAGUUCCCUGCCUAUGAGAGGGUGGUGCUCAGGGAAGCUGGGUUCCUGAGGCCUGUGGUUAUCUUUGGGCCGAUAGCAGACGUGGGGAGAGAGAAACUGGCCAGGGAGGAGCCAGACAUUUUUGAGCUAGCAAAAACACAGCAACAACAAGGAGGGGAAAAGAGUGAACCCAGGGAUGCGGGAACCGACCAGAAAAGCUCCGGCAUCAUCCGUCUGCACACCAUUAAACAGAUCAUUGACCGGGACAAGCAUGCAGUGCUGGACAUCACCCCUAAUGCAGUGGAUCGUCUCAACUACGCUCAGUGGUAUCCCAUUGUAGUGUUUCUUAACCCAGACACCAAGCAGGGCGUCAAGACGAUGAGGACCCGCCUCUGCCCUGAGUCUAGGAAGAGUGCCAGAAAACUCUAUGAACGAGCCCUCAAAUUAAGGAAGAACAACCACCACCUCUUCACCACAACUAUUAACUUGAACAACAUGAAUGAUGGUUGGUUUGGAGCACUGAAAGAGAUAAUCCAGCAGCAGCAGAACCAGCUGGUGUGGGUUUCAGAGGGCAAGGCUGACGGGGCAGCUGAGGAUGACCUGGACAUCCACGACGACCGCCUGUCCUAUCUGUCGGCGCCAGGCAGUGAGUAUUCCAUGUACAGCACCGACAGCCGUCACACCUCCGAUUAUGAGGACACGGACACAGAGGGUGGAGCCUACACCGACCAGGAGCUGGACGAAACACUGAAUGAUGAUGUGGGUCCACCCACGGAGCCUGCCAUCACCCGCUCCUCUGAGCCUGUCCGUGAGGACCCGCCUGUCAUCCAGGAGCCACCAGGCUACGCUGGCUACCAGCACACAGUGCAGCCGGACCCCCUGAACCGCAUCGACCCGGCUGGAUUCAAGGCACCAGUGCCGCAGCAGAAAGCAGAAGCCGCUGCCGUCCCUAGCAUCCCCCAGCAGCCUGAGCCCCUGGCUGAAACAGUGCCCCCUGCUGUCGACGUUACUGUAAAAACUGUAGGGGGUCUGAGCCCUGACGUGGCUCCUGCAGCUCCUCACAGCCAGCCAAGCCCCAUCCCAGAGGCUGGCUCACUUAGGAGGCCCACACCUGAGCUAGCCCCUCAGAGCAUCACACCAGAACCUCUACAGUCCGGACCAGCCAGUUCAGAAUCAAAGAUGUUUCAGAAGGAUCCAUACAGCACAGACAACACAGGGAGAAUUGGUCAUAGCAUGAAGCCUGUGACUUACAACCCUCAACAGGGGUAUCACCCUGACCAGCCAUACAGAGAUUACGACCACCCACCCAGUCGGUAUGAUGUCAGCAGCAGCGGAGUCAGCAGCGGAGGUGGUUACCCUGAACCAAAGUACCGUAACUAUGACUCUAACCUGCCCUACGAGAACAGUGUGCCUCACUACGACCAGCAACAGUGGAACCCCUACAGCCAGCCGCUCUCUACUGCCAACUCCCAGGGCUACGAUCCCCGUUUGCCAUACGGUGACGGCCCCGACUCCCAAUACACCCCUCCUCUUCGCUACGACGAGCCCCCACCUCAGCAGGGAUUCGACGGACGGCCACGCUACGGUAAACCGACGGGUCCAGGGCCUGUCCGUUACGAUGAUCCUCCACCCCCUGCUCCAGGGCCUGACCUGCACUACGACCAGGAUUCUCACCUGAGCACCUACCCCUUAGCUGCCCGCUCCCCAGAGCCCGCUGCCCAGCGUCCUGGCUAUAACCAGGGACCAGCACCACAGCAAAAGAGCUACAAACCUCAGCAGUAUGACCCCGUUCCUGUGAACUCUGAAACCAGCCCCACACCACCUCCAAAAGUAGAGGCUCCCUCGCCUUCUCCUGCAGACGCUCCAAUGCCUGCCCCUGCCAGAGAGGAGCAACAGGAUGACCCCGCCAUGCGACCACAGUCAGUCCUAACAAGGGUCAAGAUGUUUGAGAACAAACGCUCUGUGUCCGUGGAUAGAGCCAGAGAUACAGUGGAAUCUUCUGGGAACAAGGCAGCUGAUUUACCUUUGAAAGCAGGUGGAGUAAUCCCCAAAGCAAAUUCUCUGAGCAACCUGGAUCAAGAGAAGGCCUUUAGAGCCCCAGGGCCUCAGAAACCUCAGUCCAACGUAGCUGAUGACAUUGUGCGCUCCAACCAUUACGACCCUGAUGAGGACGAGGACUACUACAGGAAACAGCUGUCUUACUUUGACAAGCUCCAGGCUGGUCCCAACAAACCCCAGCCACAAGCACAAGCACAAGCACCCCAUAACUACCCCAGGACAGAGUCAGUGGAGAAACCAAGUCCAGUGGAGAAAAAAUAUGAACCAGUUCCCCAGGUGACACCUUCUCUGCCACCAGCCUCUCUGCCACCAGCCACACUGCCCAAACCUGCACCUGAAGCCAAGCUUCCUGCCCGAGAGGACACUGUCCAGACCAACUUCCUGCCUCACAAGAGUUUCCCCGAGAAGUCUCCAGUUAAUGGCACUAGUGAACAGCCUCCAAAAACCGUCACUAGCACUGGGGCUCCACCAGUAUCCAGCUACAACCGCUACACACCCAAGCCCUACACCACCUCUGCCAAGCCCUUUUCUCGCAUGUUUGACAGUCCUAAAUUCAACCACAACCUUCUGCCCAAUGAAAAGCCUGAGAUUGCUCCAAAGGGCCGGAGCUCCAGCCCAGUGAAGCCUCAGAUACCCCUGCAGCCCCAGAAUACAGAUCAUGACAGUGGCCUGGACACUUUCACACGCACUAUGGACCACCGCUCCAAACACCAGCACAACAACAUCAACGCUGUGCCCAAGGCCAUCCCUGUGAGCCCCAGUGCCCUGGACGAUGAUGAGGAUGAAGACGAGGGCCACACAGUGGUUGCAACAGCUCGAGGUAUCUUCAACUCCAACGGUGGCGUCCUGAGCUCCAUUGAGACAGGUGUCAGCAUAAUUAUCCCACAGGGGGCCAUCCCUGACGGUGUGGAGCAGGAAAUCUACUUCAAGGUCUGCAGAGACAACAGCAUCCUGCCACCGCUCGACAAGGAGAAAGGAGAGACUCUGCUCAGCCCUCUGGUGAUGUGUGGACCUCAUGGCCUCAAGUUUUUGAAGCCUGUGGAGCUACGCUUACCUCACUGUGCGUCUAUGAAUCCUCCGACUCCUCGUCGGGUGACCCAAAAAGCUGGCAGAACAAGAAUCUCCCCGGGGACCCCAACUACCUGGUGGGAGCCAACUGUGUUUCUGUGCUCAUUGACCACUUUUAAGGACGAACCAGCAGGUGUGAUGUUACUGAAUGUGAAACCAUGGGGGAUAAAAAUGAAGAAAAUGGAUACACAUAAACACAAAACACACACA